GCCACUCACAAAUUUCCAAUUUUAUAUACUCAAUUAACCUCUUCCUUGCUAAGAAGAAAAAAACCUUGAAGAAAAAUCACACAUUUUGUUUACAGAUUCAAAUUAUACUCAUUUCUUCCCUACAUUUUUCUUCAAAUGAGGCCUUUUUAUAUAGUCUCUCUUCUCAUUUUGUUAAUUCUCCUUACAAAAGCUCAAGGGAUACGUUUGGGGAAAGUUACUUUAGCAUUUGAGCAAGAGAAACAUGAUGAAGAAAACACCUUGUUGAAAAGAAGUAACACUAUCAAUGAUGCAAAUGAAGCUAUUCUCUGCAAUGACAAAAAACAAUGCACAGGAAAUAUAAAGAAUAGGAAAUCUGUUACUACUUCCAUUUCCACAACUAAAUCCUUGUCAAAGAAUGUGAAGAACAGAGAGGAUGUGAAUGUCAAUGAGGAAGCAAAGGAUAUAAAAGUAAAAUCAAUGACUACUUCUAAGUAUUAUGCUACUGAGGAUCUUGUAGACAUAACUGAGAUGGAUUAUUCUCCAGCUAGGAGAAAGCCUCCAAUACACAAUUAAUUAAUUAAGUCUAGGAAAAACAGACAAAAGUUCCUUAGAUUUGGAUUUAUAAAAUAUAUAUUAUUAACAGAAAAGUAGAGCAUUGCAGAAAUGCUGCAAUUUUUUAAGGCUUAGGAAUGAUUUGUACAUUAUUUAUUAUUAUGUCACCUUUAUUGAUUACAAUCUACUUUAAGAAAUAUAUAUCCUUUUGGCUAUUAA